AGAGCUAUUUAAACAUGACUUGUUCUAUCCUCUAUUGAUAAUUUCUAAUUUCAAAUUCAUACUUUAUCACUUUUCUUUUGCUGUUUCUAACUCACAGAGUUUCCUUAUAUUAAAAAUGGAAAACUCUUUUUCAAGCUCAUGUUCAACUAUUCAAUCUUUAUAUUUUCCUCCUCAUAUCCUACAGCAUAUACUCCAGUCUUUGCCCAUUGAUAUAAUAUGGUUAUUCACGAUAUCAAGUAACAAAAAUGUCUCUUGCAUUGCCUCAAGGCUAUUUUACAAAAAAAUCUUGGUUUAUUAUAAAUCCUCUUCUGACUACAACCAGUCAAAUGAGUUUAAUGAUUUAAUUUGUUCGAACAAUACCAAUAGAAUUAACAAUCCCAAUACUAUCUCCAAAUUAAGCAAUAGUAAAAACGCUUUUUUAACUUUUACAAUGCUAGAUUUUUCAGAAUUCUCCAGUCUGAUUUAUCCUUAUAUUGAUCAGAUUAAUUUUAUAUUUGACCCUAUUAUCUUGAACCAAUUUCAAACCAUUUCGGGUUCAAAUUUACAAUUUCUCCACAAUUUAAAUAAAAUUAAUAGUAUUUCAAUUAAAUUUCAUUAUUCCAAUGACAAACUAAACUAUUACAAUAACAAUUAUAAUAAUAACGAUAGCAAUAUCGAUAGUAAUAAUACUAUUCCUAAUGAUGACAAUCUCAUUCAAUUUAUUUCGUUAUUUAAACAAAAUAUUACUAAAUUAUAUUUAAAUAGUCUUAAUAUCACAAAUUUAGAUCUUUUGCUAAACGAAUUGCUCGAUAAUAACAAUAAUAAUAACAACAAAUUAAAAAUACUAAAAUUAUCUAAUAAUAACAUCCAUAAAGUUCUGACUUUAGCAAAUUUAAAGUCUUUAAAAUAUUUAGACUUGUCGAAUAAUAAAAUUAAGAAUUUUAAAAAUUUCAAUAAUAUUUUAUUUAACCUAGAAUCUUUAAAUUUAUCAAGAAAUAUUAAUAUCAAGAAAAUUGAGAAUAUAAAUAAUUUUAAAAAUUUCAUCAAUCUAAAAAAGCUUGAUUUAUCUUAUUUAAAUCUAUACAAAAUUGAAAAUUUUGAUAACCUAACCAACCUAGUUGAUUUAAAUUUAUCAUUUAAUCAAAUUGACAAAAUUGAAAACUUGGAACACUUAGCUAAUUUACUGUAUUUAAAUUUAUCAAAUAAUUUUAAAAUAACUGAAUUUGGCGAUUCUUUUAAUAAUUUAAUCAAUUUAGAAACUUUGCUUCUUAAUAACUCUUCUAUUUCAAGCAUUAAAGGUAUUGAAAAAUUAAAAAACCUUAAAAUACUUAGUUUAAGAAAUUCAAGAAUCAAAACGAUUACUAAAGAAUUUAAAAAAUUAGUAAACUUACAUCAACUAGAUUUAUGCGAUAAUAGAAUUAUGAAAAUUGAAAAUUUGGAAAAUUUGGAACAAUUAACAAGUUUGAAUUUAUCCUACAACAAUAUAAAACGGUUAAGUAAUGAACUAGAGUCAUUAAAAAAUUUAAAGAUACUAAAUUUAUCUGGGAAUGGAUUGUUUGAAAUCGAUAAAGAUUCUAGUGGGUUAAAUGAAAAUGAAAAAUUAGAAUGGUUAAAUUUAUCACAAAAUCGCCUCGAAAGUUUUCACAACAGUUUUAAAUUUAAUAAAUUGAAAAAAUUAGAACACUUAAAUUUGUCAUUUAAUUAUAUUGAAAGCAUCAAAGAUGAGUUGCUAAAUCUAAAUGAUUUAAAUGAUUUAAAAUUAAAUAACAAUAAUAUUCAAAUGGUAAACUGCAGCUGCUUGAGUAAGUUGAAUAACCUCAAAGUAUUAAACUUGUCAAGUAAUAAGAUAAGAGAAUUUUCAAUUUUAAAAGAAAUGAAUAUCACGAAAUUGAAUCUAUCUAAAAAUAAAUUGAUAAAUUUGAAUAUUCAAGGAUUGAAACACUUGGAAAAUUUGAUUUUAUUUAAAAACGAGAUUGUUCAUAUAAAAGGCAUCGAUAACGGGCUAGCAAAACUAAGGGGCAUUAAUAUAAUGCAAAACAAGAUUGUUUCACUAAAAUGCUUUAAGAUGCUAAGGAACUUAGAGUGGAUAAAGGCUUCCAAAAAUCAAAUAAAGAGACUUGAUCAGGAGCUAUCAGAAUUAAAGAAACUAAAACAACUAAUGCUAGAUUUUAAUAACAUUUCCAAAAUUGAAAACUUGAGCACAAAUAAUAAUUUGCAGGUUCUAGAAUUGUCGAAUAAUUUAAUAGAAAAAAUUGAAGGAAUUGAAGAGUUGAAGAAUUUAAAAGUCUUGAAUUUGAACAAUAACAAGAUAUCUAAAAUAGAAAACUUAGACCUCGGUAUUCUUAGGAAUCUCAGGACUUUGGAAUUAUUCAAUAACAAGAUAGUGGAUGUGGACAAUAUUUUUUUUCUGCAACUUUCAAAACAAAAUAGCUUGAAGAUAUCGUUGCAUUGCAAAGAUGCUGCUGGGAUAUUGAGUCUUUGUGGUUUCAACAAGUUCCAACAAUGCUUGAACUUGGGCGAGGAGAAAGCAUACUAAGAUAAAUACACACUCUGCGAUUUUGGUUAUACAUAGCAAAUACUAAUUAAAUAUUACAUAAAUACGAAAUAGAUAUUUUGUAUAUCUUUGAAAGGUUGCAAUAUACUUUGAAACGUGCUUCAAGGCGCCUUUUUUCACGUCAGUUCGAGUUCUGAUGGAAGACAUUUUAUUUUUUCUCAUCUUUUUCAGCAAAGCAGCAAAAAAACAAUCAGAAGCCCAUCUCAGCUCUUAUCAUACACCAGCUUUCGAUAUUUUGAUGAACAUAAUGACUAGAGAGGAACGUAAGACCAUCAAGCUACUUCACACGUUGAGGGGCCACAAGGAGAAGGU